AUGUGCGACUGUGCCGUGUCGUUCACUUCUUCAUCUCCGUCCAGCAUCCGCAAGAGCUUGCAACUCUACCGCCGCAUUCUACUUCCAAAGAGGCUGAGGGACAUUAUUCCUCAUAGUGACCAAAAGAGAGACAAGGCAUCAUUCUUACUAGAGGUCAUAGAGUACAUUCAGAUCUUACAAGAGAAAGUACACAAGUAUGAGAGUUCAUACAAUGUCUGGAACCAUGAACCAUCAAAGUUCUUGAAAUGGAGUAAGUCUCAUAUAGCUGAAAGUUUCAUUGAUCACUCACGAGGCAUGAACCCAGAGUCCAAUUCAGCAUCAGUUUUUCCUAGCAAGUUUGAUGAGAACAAGACUUUUGCCUCUCCCACCAUCCCUAUCAAUGGACAAAACCUAGUUGAACUAGAAACAAAAACUGCCACAAAUUCUAAAGAAAGGGAGCCUUCAUUAAGAACCAAGAGAGCACCAGAUCUUCCAACAAUGCUGCACAACAUUGUCUCUUUUGGUAGUACCAGCAUUGCAUCAUACCCAGUUUCCCCGACACCAGCAUCUGAUGAAGACAGAACUGCAACUUGGCUUCAAUCCCAGUUUUUGCAGAACAGAUCUCGUGAGACCGAAUGCAUUGUUGCUGAUGAUAAGAUGAAAAACCAGGAACUGACUAUUGAAAGUGGUACAAUUGGCAUCUCGACCGUAUAUUCUCGAGAGUUGUUGAAUACUCUUACACAAGCACUAAAAAAUUCUGGGGUAGAUCUAUCACAAGCCAACAUCUCAGUACAGAUUGAUCUUGGGAAAAGGGCGCCAGUUUCUUCAGCAUCCACUGUCAAGGAUGAUGAUGAUGUCCCGACCAGUAAUAAAGCCUUGCCUCGUUCUAGAGCUGCAAGUACAGAGGAGUCUGAACAAGCCUUAAAGAGACUCAAAACUAGAUGA